GCUUCCACCUCCUGCUCCAUCUGUGGAUGUGGAUGAUGAGUUUGUGUUUGCAGAGCCCCUACCUCCCCCUAUACAGUUUGCAAACGGAAUAGAAAUAGACACCCAUGGAACAACAGAAUAUAAUCAACAGCAACAACAACAGAAGGAGCUGUCAGGAUCUCAGCCACUCAAAGACCAACAGUCCCUGCAAACGCUUUCCAAUCCCCCGCAAGAUGCCAUGUCCCUACCAGACAACAUGAAUGCUGACUCACAGCAGACACCCGUCCAUCCUUCUGCUGUGGUACAUCCAUAUCUUUUCCCACCAUCUCCUCUAAUCCCCCCUCCACAACUGUGUCCUAAAAUACCUCCCGCAAACCCUCCCCAAUCUCAACCCUCUGGUUAUUCCCAGCACCCAAACACCGGCCAACCCCAACCUUUACCCUCGCCACAAGCAGGAGACUCUGCCACUUCUAGUCUUACAUCCUAUGACAGUGAGGUGGCCAAUCUGACUCAGUCAGCUCUCUCCCCAUCUCUUCCUUCUCCUCAGAUUUUUCCUCCUUCGAGUUCCCCUUCCGCCCCAGGCUCCUCAUCUGACCCUCUGUCAUUGCAUCGACCUCUUCCACUUUUCUACCCGCACCAAGGCCACACUAAUGUUUCUCUGUCGUAUUCCACCAUGGCUGCAACUGCAACUGUAAUGACUGUCACCACAGCAAUGCCUUUGGAAAGUACAUCAGUUCCUCAGGCACUUAAGGGGCGUGAUUGGUCGGAGGCUGUGGUUGAUUCUGGGAUUGAGGAACUGGAUAGUCACAGCAGCAGUGAUCACCACUUGGAAAACUUCACAGAAAGAAGGGAGCAAGAAGGAGGCCGAGAGAAGGAGAGCGAAGGAAGACGGAGAGAAAGCAUGGAGAGCGGGAUAGUAGGGGAUGGUUUCAAAGGAGACCGAAGAGUGUCCCUGGAUUCGUCUCUUUCUCAAACCGAUAAAUUUGCUCAAAAACCACAUAAACCGCACAUACAUAAAUCCAAACCUCCAAACCAGCCACUAGCAAAAACACACACUCAAAAUAUGUCAAAAUACCACGUACACACACAGAAUGGGCGAACCGGACCACCGCUACAGCGGCAGGCUAGCACUGCUCCCAACAUGUACAGGUCAAGGGAAGAGGAAGAGCACGAACUGGGAAGAGGAGGUGAUGCUGCAGUGAAGAUUCCAGCAUUUAUGGAUCGUCGUCUGAACUCUCCUCUCUCCAAUGUUAAGGCCAGCAUCAUAAAUGAACUCAGCAGUAAACUACAACAGCUUGGUGGCUGGCAGGGUCAGGAACAACCACCAAAUCAUAGGUUUCCAGGUGAUCCCUCUGGCUGUGCCCCUCUCCUCCCAGGUUCUGUGCAGUCUCUCCAACGCUCCUUCUCUCCAAACCUGCCCCCUAACUCUUUAGCAUCUAACUGCCCCACUGUGGCUCUGAACCCUAACCCUGUACCUUCGUCUCCUCUUCCUGUAACAGCUUUAACCCCAGCCUUAACCCCUACCCCAUUACCUCUAACCCCAACCCCAGCUCCAGCCCCUCUCAAAGACUGGACACCAUCUAAUUCUCCUAUUUCUUUUCCUCACGGUAUUUUGUCCCCUCCGUCGCUGCCCCAUGCCCCCCUCUCUCCUCUUUCCCUGGCUCAUGCACCCCUCUCUCCUCCAUCAUUACCUCAUCCUCCCAUUUCUCCAAUAUCUCUCUCUCAUGCGCCUCUUUCUCCUUCUUCUGUCUCUCAUCCACCACUCUCUCCAUCCUAUUCCCCCUAUCCCUUGUCUCCAAAACAUCGCUCUAAGUAUCGUGGGAAAGUUUCCGAGUUUCAAUUCUCCGGGCCAGAGCUGCGGCGUUCCGAAUCUCAUUCGUAUGCUCAACGUCGCCGAGCACCCAGUCCCCUCAUCUCCUGCUCGGACCACCCUCAACCUGGACCUCCACGUCCGUCCUCGCUCCCUCUCUUUCCAUCUGCGCCACUUUACAGCUCUCUGUAUGAAAUGCAGCCCCCUUUAACACCCCCACUGGGAGUCGCCCAUCAAUAUUCAGACCAGUUUUUCCCCCAAACUUCUCCUCUCUUCCCGCUCCCAUCUUCUGUUGCUCCUCCUAACCCUGCGCUGGUCUCUAGCUCUCUCUCCCCUACCAACUUCCUGUCUGGAGGCUCCUCCCCAUCUUGUAUGGGCUACCCACCCUUAACACCGCCUCCACCCAAUCAGCCAUUUGUGUCUAAGCCCCUCCCCUACUGGAGCAAAUAUGAUGUUGCUGAUUGGCUGACUUACCUGAAUCUGGCAGAGCACCGGGAACGUUUUCUUGACAACGAGAUUGAUGGAUCCCACCUGCCAUCUCUGACAAAAGAGGACUUCCUGGAUCUGGGUGUGAGUCGGGUCGGACAUCGCAUGAACAUUGAGCGUGCGCUUAAGAGACUUACGGACAGGCUCUCCUCUGCUUUCUCUGUCUCCACUGUUUCUUCUGAAGGGCAGAACGAACGCAUGAGAGAUGAGGCGACUCAGAGCUAGAGGAGAAUUAGAGAGAACUAGUUAGAGGAUAGAAAGAAAGAUUGUGGUUAGACAAAAAGCACUUGGGAUGAAAGGGAAAGACUUCUACUGAAGGACAGAGAUGGGGAUGAUUGCAAAGGAGAAGCGCUAUGAAAUACUCGAACACUCUCGCAGAGUGAAAGCUAAAGUCAUCAUCUCCGUCGUUCUGAGCAAAUGUUUGUCAUCCCAGCUGAAGCCAGAUGGGCAAACUUCUUCAGCCAAUCAGAGACACACAGAGAAUGUACUUCUUUCAUUGUUUUUUGGGAUGAAGAUAUCAAAAGGUGUAAUGAAUUUUAGUAAUAUGAUAUUAUUAUAUUGAUAAAAAAGAGGCUACUGUGCAUAUAUUUUAGCAUCAUUACGUACAGGCUUUGAUUCAUCUGAUAAUAUGAUGAUUAAGGUCAACAUGAAAUCAGAAUGGACCCCAUUUACUUUUUUAAUACACAUUUCCAGUGCACAUUAUUCCAAAGAAAACAAAAAAUGCCUACUGUAUCAAAUGUAAUUUUCUUUUUUGGCUGAUCAUCAGGCUCUCUUAUUUUUAACCAUCAGUUAUGUAGAGUCACUUUUCACCAUCCAAUCAGUUUGCGAUAGAUAAAAUCAAGCUUUGCCUUACAUUAUUAUCAUUGAGUCCUUUUUUAAAUUGGAAAAUAUGUUGGAUUAUGAAAGAAAAAUGGGUUGCAAACUGUUUCGUGUUGACUUUAAGCAGUAAAAGCUCUAAAAAAAAGUCAUCAUAAUGCCAAUAAUAACCAUAUAAGGAUUAAGUAUGUUAGCGUUUUAAUACCAUAAGCAGAAUCAGUCUUCCAAAGAUCAGAACACAAUGAAAGAACCCAUCGUUUAUAUUGCUUAAGUGCGCUCUUCUUAACCUACACAAACACACACACAUGCACACUAACACGGACUGUGUGUGUAUGUGUGUGUUUUUUGUGAUAGCGGUUGUGGUUGUUUUAUAGGAGUAAAGCAUAACUCCAUUUCAUUUGAAAAUAUAUUUAAGGAAAUAGGAACAAAGGAAAUAUAUAUAUGUAUGUGUGCGUGUGUGUAUGGAAAUGUAUGCAGAAUUAAAGUAUAUAUAUAUAUAUCUAUAUAUAUAUAUAUAUAUAUAUAUAUAUAUAAAUAUCAGAUAUUUCUAUUGUUCUGUACAAUAAUUGAUGAAUAUGAUGAUACAUAAGCUCUGCUUAAGAGGUUUGAAUAAAUUAUUCUCGUUGAAUUUA